CGCGCAGUUCCUCCCGACCGCACGAACCACUCGCCCUCCCCCCCCCCCCCUAGUGCACCCUUCUCUUGCUCAACCUUUUCCUACGACUCCGACACCGUCUCCGUCCCUGCCGUCUUGCGCCUGAUUUAAUCAGUCUCGCCGCAGGCGAAUCCAGCUGCGGCACCGCCAAUCACUCGCCCAAUGUCGUCGCUCGUCUCACACUAACAGAGAGCCCGAGCCCGUGGCCUCCGCGGCUCCUCUCGACUUGCCCGUCGCCUGCGCCAUCCAUACGCACGCAACCCAUCCACCACCCCCUUCGCCCCAGACGCCACUGGCACGCAUUUCCCGGACGCUGAGAUCAGUUUCUUCGCCUUCCGUUGCCGCUGUCCGCACACGGCCCGACAUCGCCCCAGCAGCAUCGGCUCCUCGCGACAUUCCGAUCGGCCAUGGCCGCCGCGCCGUCAUUGGACCGGGUCAGCCGGCUGAUGGUGCUGCUCUUCGCGCUGCUCUUCGCUGCUGCCUUUGUCGGUGCCGAUGAUGGAGGCGUUACUACGGAGGCAGAGAGCGAUGUUCCGGAGUGGGCGUCCAACAAUGCCCUACAGCUGACGCUGUCGUCUCAGCCGGGGCUGCAACUGACCACGAUCCCGUUGACGUCGAAUCUUGGCCUCAACGAGUCGAGUCCGGCUCGCGGGAUUGUCCGGAUAUACGGCAACAUGAAGCCCGCCAACGUAACCAACUACAACGAGAUCAAAGACCACGACGACGUCGCAUAUCUAUCCUGCGACAAGCCGAGCGAUGACAGCUUCAUCAACCCUGACAAGAUGCUCAAUGAUUUGAUGAAGCAGAAGCCAAAAGCAAUCGUUCUCUAUUCCACCAAUAAGAACUGGUGCUCCAUCAGCGACACCGACUCCCUCCCGUACACCAGCAUACUGACCAUGGCGGACGCGGGCGAGGCAACCGAGGUCCUGAGCUUCCUCAAUGGCACUAGAGCUGGGCGAGACGUCAAGGUCCUCAUCUCUGGCAAUGCGACCGACAACCACGGCGGCGGCGGCGACACGGGCAGUGGAGGCAGCAACUCGGCGGUGGCGAUGAGCAUUCUAUAUAGUAUCACGGGCCUCAUCACUCUGCUGUUCCUCAUCAUCAUCGCCACGGGUGCCAUAAGAGCGCACCGCUACCCCGAGAGGUAUGGACCCAGGGGCGCCUUCGGUGGGCGGCCCCGGCAGAGCCGAGCAAAGGGGCUGGCCCGUGCCGUGCUCGACACCAUUCCCAUUGUCAAGUUUGGGAACCAGCAGCCUACCAAGCCGGACCCUGAACUCGAGCUGGACACGGCCACGACGGAUGGUCACGACGCGGCCACACAGCGAUCCGUCAACGAGGAGCAGCCCGACACCGCCACCGGCGCAGCGGCCGCUCCUGGGUCUAGGCGACAGAGCGGGGAGACGUCGAGGUCCACACGCAACUCUUCAGCCCUGACCGACGCCGGGCAUGGCGAAGACAGCCACCCAGGCUGCUCCAUCUGCACCGAAGACUUCAAGGUGGGCGAGGACGUCAGGGUCUUGCCGUGUCACCACCAGUUCCACCCCCACUGCGUCGACCCCUGGCUGGUCAACGUGUCUGGGACAUGUCCGCUCUGCCGACUGGAUCUUCGACCUAGUCAGGGCAACGCCAACGAAGGCUCCACCGCCGGCGACAACGAGUCCCUGGCGCCACCCCUGGCCAUGGAAGGCGAAGACGAGCACGCUUCCUCUAGCACACAUGGCCACCGGUUGUCGCGCCUAUUUGACGUCAACAGGCUGCGGCAAGCGCCCGUGGAGGAGCGAAUCGAAGCUCUCCGACAGAUGAGGGCACAGGGAAACGAACACAGCCACGAGGCUCACGACACGGAGGCGACGGAUGCAAGCGACAGGCCGCAUGGCGCACGCCUGACUGACAAACUCAAGGACAAGUUUCGCAUUCGGACCCGUGCCCAGCCUGCCCAGCGCCACCGGGAAAGUCGAGGCUGAUGAGGCUACGCGAGCGGCAUGAGAGCCUGUGCGAGGUUAACCGCCUAGGUCUGGCGGGCUGGACCCCAUCAACGGCCGGGCCUCGCUGUUUCUCGGCGAAUUUGUAAAGACCGAGGAGGGGGGAGGGGGCGAGGGGCGUGUUUCGAUCUUGGGCUGCGCUGUUAUGGGAGGCGUUUGGGACAUUCAGAACACGGGAUGGGCACAGGAGCAUUUGAGGAGCAUGGCACGGCGUUUGUUGCUUGACACAUGAGAGCAAUGUGUUGUGCUCGAAUCAGAAUGAAUGUAUACGGAGUACAUGUGCCAUUGAUUUACCAUAGUGUUUUGCCGGCAUCAAGCACUG